CGACCAUCUGCGUGCGGUAUUGUUGGUUCUCAGAGGGUAAUUUUCUUAUCUUUUUCGACAUUGGGAAGAUAUUCUUGCUUGCUUGCUUGCUUGCUUGUUACACACCUCGAACAGCACCUUGUUUAUUGGGUUGGGUGAAUGACACACUUUUUAACCUCGUUGCUUUCCUUGUAUCCAUCCGAUUCAUUAAAGUAAUCACGACAGACAGACAGACAGACAGACCGAUUGACAAAAAGAGGAAAAAUGGCCUCCUCGGUCGUCGCCGCCUGGGAGGACUGCGACAAGAUAGACACCCUGUUUAUCCUCGUCUGCACGGUAAUCUGCUGGACCAUUGUCCCGACUGUAGGAAUAGCCUACAGCGGCUACACCUGGCGCCGCAACUCCCUCACCGCCGCCCUCCCCGCCGUCCUCGUGAUCUCAAUCUGCUCCAUCCAGUGGUUCGUCCUCGGCUACUCCCUCGCCUACGGCCCGGGAAACGGCUGGUUCUUCGGCUCCUGGACCGCCCACCUCUUCCACCGCGACGUCCUCUCCUCGCCCGUCGGCACCAUCCCCGCCAUUUUGUUCAGUGAAUUCCAGCUCGUCUUUGAAGCCACGGUCUGCGCCAUCGCAGUAGGCGGGUUCGUAGAACGGGGCACCAUCAAGUCCUGCGCGGUGUUCAUCGCGUCAUGGUCAACAUUCAUCUACUGUCCCCUCGCGCACAUGGUCUGGGGGGGUGGUGUGCUGGGGGAGGAGCUUGGAGUUUUGGAUUUCGCGGGAGGAACCCCCGUUCACGUCUGCUCCGGCGCCACCGCGACCGCAAUCUCCCUCUACCUCUCCUACCCUCUCUUCCGCUCCAAGAAAUCCCCCCUCCGCACCCCGACCCACAUCCGCCUCCACCGUCCCGGAAACUCCUUCUUCCAGCUCGUCAGCAUGAUCAUCAUCUGGGGCUCCUGGCUCGCCUUCGACGCCGGCACCGCCCUCGCGCUAAACUUCCAGUCCGUCAUGGCCCUCUGCGUGACCAACCUCUGCGCCGCCUCCGGAGCCCUCACCUGGUCGGUGAUGACCUUUCUCGAAUCGGGCAAGUGGUCACUCGACGCGACGUUCAUGGGCGCGAUUUCCGGGUUGGUGAUGAUCACGCCCUCGGCGGGGUUCAUCGACAUGCCUACUGCGUUCUUCUUUGGUGUCUUUGGCGCGGUUGUUUGUCGUCAGGCGUUGAGGAUCAAGUUUACCAAGCUGGCGCAUAAGUGGAGGUGGGUCGACAAUGGGGAUACCUUUGCUACUCAUUGUGUUGGUGGCGUGGCGGCCACCGUCAUGACGGGCUUGUUUGCGCGGAGGGAGGUGGCGGCGUAUGGCGGGCUGGAUGUUCCCGGGGGGGUGGUGUUUGAUGGGAACGUGAGGCAGUUGUGGGUGCAGAUCGUCGAGGUGUUGGUCGGCUUCAGCUGGAGUUUCUUUGGGAGCUGGUUGAUCAUCGCGGGGAUCGACUGCAUCCCCGGGUUGGAGGUGCUAGCGGUUGACAAGCAUAUCCAUGAGGGGCUUGACUUUCACGAGACCGAGGAGUCUCUCGGCAUUUUGGUGCACCCCGAGGAGGAAGAUUAUACCCCUACCGACAAGGGGACGAUUGCUCUCGACUAAGUUCGCCCCCCGGCGUGUCAUCUGCAUAAAUCUUGACCUUGAAUUGUGGUGGUGGAGAGAAUGUCUUGUAGUGUUAGGAUCACCUCAUCCGAAUAGACUGUGGAGGCCUGUCUGGCUCAUCACAUCCAGCCAGUGCGUCCGACGUGCCAGCCCAAUCUCUUCGUCAUACGCGGUCCAGACAGCACGCAGCAGCUGCUUGGCCACACCAAUCGGCUUCGGUGGCAGGCUGUUCUCCAGCUGAUCCAACCGGGCCAUGAUGAACGACCGGGCCUGUGACGUCUUGAUGGCAUUCUCUGACAUCCCGGGCGUGGCGGCUAGGGAAGAGUCCGUAUCAGCGACAAUACACGAUGUGGGCGUGGGGAUCGCCGCCGCAGCCGUCGACUCGGUGCUGAGCAGGAAGCUCUGAUGGCCGCGACCGAGGGGGACCUUCCUGUCGAACCGCAGCCCGCUCCCCGCGCAGAGACAGAGCAGCGGUUGGAUACAUCGCAUGCUUCCAACUGGCAAAGCCCUGAGAACAUCCGUGACGUGAAGGGCCAAGGGAGAUACCCAUGUACUCCAGAGAAUGGUUCCAUCUUGGUCCGCCAAAUCGGGCAUUCGCUUUGCGACGAGAUCGGGGAAAGUCUCGUACAGCUGGAGGAGUGAUGAGAGCCGAUAGGCUUGCGUAGCAUUGUACAGAUCAGUCGAUAUCGUCGAAGCCGUAUCAGGCGUGAGGCUGGUCUCGACAGGCGUGAUAUCAAUGGACAACAAUGACUCUUCGAUCACGGUAGCCUCCUGGAUGUCCUUCAUGGCACCUUGCAGGACGCGAUAGCUCGUCCCAUCGUUAUGCUGCCAUCGUGUGCGGGACCGCCGGCAAAGAGCAACAGCCUUGCCGAAAAGUCGAAAGACGUCAGCAGAAACACCUGUCCAUGCGUGCGGUGUUGCGGCCACCAGCGGUCCUUGAUCUGUCGGCUCUGCCCAGCUGAGCAUGUUGGCGAAGUCUAUUUCCUCCUCCGACACCACACUCCUCAGCGCCUCUUCGUACAGCAAACAUCCCUUGAAGAAGUCGAGGAGUUCCUGCGAUUCGGAAUCGAGCGUCUGGCGGUCGAGGAUCUUCAGCACGUUGUGGGCCUGUCGUACGUAUUGCUGGCCAAGUUGUCGCGACUCCAUCCAGCACAUGGACGAGCUCAUACAGAACAAGGAUAACAGGAGCUCAACCGGGAAACGCGGACGAUAGCCUGUCGAGAAGGCGACGAGCUCUUUGUGGAUGGCCUCGGCAGCCUUUCGCGGGGCGGCACGGGCCGUGUCUUUGAUGACAUGAGGAAGGCGCUCGACAAGCGAGGCUGCCGAGAUGGCUUGGAGGGCAUAGAACACGGGUGUCGAUGUGUUCCACAGUGUCGAGGUUAGUCGGCGGUAGGGGUUUGUCUGAGAGUCAAAAGCCGACCAGGAACAACAGACAGACUUGAACCAGUGUUCUAUCAGGAACGUAGGAAUAUCCACCACUUGCUGAAACAUCAUGGGUUCCUGUUGCCGAUUCGUCGGAGUCAAGCCGCCACUCUUCCGGGCGACGGGAACAAGAGUGCCGCCAUCACCGCCAGUACCAUCCUCGACGGGAGCCUCUGACUGGGGUGGUGGCGAGAGGGUAAAUGAAGACGGUGGCGGCGAGGCGGAUAGUGUAGCUGACCGCGGUGCCGAGGAAGAUUCCCGGCUUACAGCCGCAGCCGGGCUGGGAGUCGUCGGGCUUGCGGCCGAGACGUUGGCGUCAGACCCAGAUGGGUUGCCGGCAGGGGAGGCGGUCUUGACGAUAGAGGCCGAAGCAGCGGUGACGAGCUGGGCAAAGUUGUCAGGCCCUGUCGUGUUAAUCACCGUCGGCCUUUCAUGCUUGGUCGACCAUUGGAGACGCUGCUGAUAACCGGGGCACUGGAAGCCCUUCUUGAGACAGUUCUCACAGGCGGGUUUGGCUUCAUCACAUCGCAGCUACAGAGAGGAUAGGUUAGUCUGGCCAAGGGGACAGAAAAGUUAAACUCAGAAUCAUCCUGGGCCGCGUACCCGCCUGACUUUACAAGUUCGACAACCUAUCGGUCAAAGUUAGCAACAGCGCGCGUCAGAUAAGGCGGAGGAGGAACAACAACAACAACAACAACAACAAGGCUGUUGAUGAGGGGGACGAGAAGCUCUCGCGUACCAGUUCUCGACUUCUGUCUGUUCUUCAUGGCGUGCUCUUCCUCAUGAUUCAAUCCGGAUCAAACACGAAAACAAAAAACACUGGACAAGAAUGGAAAGCAAGGAGAAGAGAAGAAAGAGACUGGCUCGGGGGUAGUAUGUCGGGAUCAUGCAGUCGACCAGCAGUAGUGCUUUCUUCCAGCCCGGGGGCACAGCCCAGUCAGCCAUGGGCGGCCAGCAUCGAGCUGCCUACCAUUCACCCCCCCUCCCCUCCCCCCCAAGUCUCGUUGAUAGGUGCAUGGGCGACGGACCAAUGAUGGCGAUCCCGACAAUCAGAAGGUUGGUGACCCAGGCGGGAGCAGCCCCACUUCGGCUUCCUUGGAAUCAGUGAGAUCCAACCAAUUAAGCCCGAUGUCGAGCGCCACCAACAACCUCGAUACCUUUUCUCGUGUUGAUAUGAGUUGAGGGAAGUGAGGGGGGGGAUGAGGGGGGAAUAUUAUGACCCCCACCUUCUCUCUCCAAAAGAGAAGCUGAAGUGAACAUUCCAAUGUUCCACGAGCCAAUUUUCUUCUGCGGUGCAACGGCGCAGCUUGUGUGUCAUGAAGCUCUUAUCGAUCGGGUGCCAUCCCGCCAAGCCUUCUUCACUGCGACAACAUGAUCCCAGCUCCCUGCUUCCCCGCGUGACUUUUGGGUCCCCUUGUCCGCCGCUAGGCCGUGUUGGGCGGACCCGAUGUUCUGGGGGGGGGGAAAGGGGGCGGUUCGGAGUGCCAAGCCGGCGCCAGACACAGUUCCCGGGUCGGCCCACUCCGAAGAUUAACAGCUGCUUGUCCGGGCCGAUAAUGUCAUUCUUGGUUGAUUGCUUUGUCAUUUGGAUUUGGUCAGUCUAACCUCUCACUUCCCCCUCUCAAAAUCUCCACCGCCUCUCCAGCCCUGACCCUCCACCCACUCUGAUACCUCACACACCUCCCCACCAGCUCCCUCCACCUGUCCCCCACCACCUCCGGCAGCACCUCCUCCCAACCCCUCCUCUCAAAAGCCCUCCAACUCUCCCACGGAACAGUCCUCAACCCCUCCUUCCCGCCCCUCCCUGCCUCUGGCCAGGUCUCCUCUGUCGGACUCCCAAUCGUCUUGAAGAUACUCAAUAUCAACCCGAGCUGGUUCCCAUCUUCGUGUACACCCCUACUUUCAAACAACGGCCUGGGACACGGCUUCAUGAUACACUCCGCCAACAUCACGCCCGCAGCCCAGAUAUCCACCGCCGUGGUGUACGACUUGUUGCCGAAUAGCACCUCAGGAGCACGGUACUGGCUUGUGCCAAUGUCGAGGAUUUUGUUAUCCGCUGGUUCGGUUGGCGGUGAGUGCUCGGGUGACCAGGCUGUGCCAAAGUCUAUCAGUGUGAUGCUGGGGACGGGAGAUGAGGCGGAGAAGGGGGAGGAUAAAAGCAGAGAGGAGGGUUUGAUGUCCCGGUGGAUGAUGCCUUGGGUGUGUAGGUAAUCCAAAGCCGAGAAUAGAGCGACAAAGAUGUGGUUAGUUUGUCGGGAUGAGAGGGUGGUGUUGGAUUCGGUGUGUUGCUCGAGAACCCGGUUGAGAGUCAGAGGCAUGUAAGGGAAGACGAGAACGAAGCGGGUGGAUUGGUCAUAAAAUGUUUCGAUGAGGCUGAUGAUGUUCUCGUGGGACAAGGACGACAAGAGCCUAGCUUCGAGGCGGGGGUUGUGGGGGGCGAUGUUGGUUUCGACAAUGACUUUGAGGGCGUAGGUAUCGGAGCGAUAGACUUGGGAGGUGGCGCCGUCAUCGAUGCAGUGACAGUUGGCAUAGCUACCUAUUUUGAUGCCGGGACUUGCAGGAGUAGUGACACCUUCUGGUGGUGAGUAUGGCGGAGAGGAUGGUGGUGGAUUGCAGGCGGAAUCAUAUUCUUCCUACAGCCAGUUAGAGCCCAUCGGCAAAGUAAGGAUAAGGUAGGUAGUGAAACCUACUCUGCUGGCAGAUGUCUUGUAAGCUUCAUCCUCAAAGCUAAACGCACUACCUCUAGAGGCAGCUAGUACCUUGGUUCUGUUUUGUUGUGCAUAUCAUUAGUAUCAAAAAAGAAAAGAGCCAACAAUAACAGCAAUAAACCCACAGCC